GGCCAUCUCAGUCGGGCCAACGCCACGGAUGGGCCAGGUUAAAUAUUGUCCAGAUAUGAAUAUGUAGCCGACCUCGAACGUAGUGCUCCAUCUGUUGCCCAUCACUCAUCAUGGUUUCCAUCGAGCGCAUUCCCGUCGUGAUCAUCGGUGGAGGGAUUGGCGGACUCACCCUCGGCGCUCUUCUACGCCGCCUCGAAAUUCCCUUCGUCAUCCUCGAGCGAGCCCCGGUCGUGACUCCCCAGGGAGCCGGAAUCUCCCUCGCUCCGAACUGCUUGCGCGCGUUGGAGCAGCUGGGUCUCUUGCCGGCCAUCCGAGCCAACUCGCAAGAGCUCAUCGGAAUUCGAGUGUACCGGGAAAAGGAUUGCUGGGGCACUAUUGACUUUGGACUUGCGAAACGCUGGUUCGGAUACAAUGUUCACUCGAUCGAGCGACACGAGUUCCACCGAUAUUUGUAUGAGGCAGCCGGCGGCGCGGAGACGGUGCGAUUUGGAUGGAAUGUGGCGGACAUCGUGGACGACGAGAACAGGCAGACCCCGGUGCGCGUGGUCAGCGACGACGGACGCACAAUCCACGCCGACGUGGUCGCUGGUGCCGAUGGGAUUCGGAGCGCAACUCGCCGCAUCCUUGCAAGCUCUGGCGGCGUCAAAGCCGAGAACACUAUUCAGUUCACAGGCCGAGUUCAUAUGUCGGGAUACACAAAGCCACUGGAGCAUCUGACGUCGAACGACCUCGGCAUGGGACACUGGAUGUUAUACGAUGACAGCAUCUUAACGACAUGGCCUUGUAAAGACAAUCGACAAUGGUUCAUCGGGGUCAAGCGAGCCGAGCUGGCGCCAGGAGAGACCCCAGAUCGCUCGGUCUGGAAAGGAGCGACUGCUGAGACCGUGAACGAAGUGUACGGAGAACAAUUUCACCCAUUUGGCCGUGACUCGACGGUGAAGUCCAUUGUGGACGAAGCGGAGCGAGUAAUCGCCAGCAAUGUAUUUGCGGAAGUCGACUUCCCACACAUGGCCAAAGGACGGGUUGCGUUGUUGGGGGAUGCGGCGCAUUCUAUGACCUCCUUCUUUGGCCAGGGAGCCUGUCAAGCGAUAGAAGACGCCACCGUUCUCGCCGACUCGAUCGCCGACUUUCUUGAGGGCGACUCCGGUGCCCUGCAGUCUUAUUCUCGUCUUCGGGAGCGACGCGCUCAGGAUGUGGCCUCGUUUUCCGCACGAUACGCCCAGGUGCACACGGCAAAACUGCCACUCGGCAUGGGGAAGAUGGUACGCUCGUUUAUCUACCAGUGGGUGCCGAGUAGUGCGUGGAUGUGGUAUCUGGGAUGGCUAUACGGACACCAGCCGGUGUCGAAAAGGCUGGAACUAAUUCAACGAGCAGACCCGUGGGAUAAGAAGAGGAUUUAGUGAACAGAGCAAUUGGAGGGGAGUUGAAGGGCAAGGGCAAGAGGGAGCGACCGAGAAGUACACGAUAUGGAUUUUAUAUAACUUGCGCAUUCUAUGACUAUGCUAUUGGCCCGUUAAGAAUUCUCAU